AUGGUGGAUGUGGAAGGGCCCUCGGGGAUUUGCCUGGUGGUCAAGGGGAAGGGGCCCCCACGGCAGAGGGACCAGCUUCUGCCUGAGCAGCACCCACCUGUCAUUGUUGCCCUCGCAGGCACCAUCGCCCCUGCCCCCACGGGCAAAGACAUCGCAAAGAGCUCCGGGCUGCUGCUAAUGGCCGAGACCGAACCCGCCCGCAGCCCGCUUGCAGCCCCCGAGUAUCGGUCCAGCCUGUGCCGUCCUGACCAUGGACAGAGUGCCGGCCGGAUCCAGCAGUGGCACCCCAGCUCGCCCCGAGGCCCUCCCAGAGCCCCCAGGGUCACUGGUGCCAGUGUCGAGGCCCAUAGAGCUGCAGAUGGAGGGCGAGGCCUGGAUGGACCUGGCAAGGGGGACACCUGUCAGAACGGGCCGACGCCACUCUUCCCAGACCCUGCAUCGCCUCUUGGUCCUGCCACGAGCCCACUGGGUCCCGAGGCCUCUGCAGGUGUGGCUGAUUUCCAUGACAACCUAAGGAAGUCUCAGGGGACUGGUGCUGAGGGCAGUGUUAGAAAAGAAGCUUUGCAGUCCCUCAGACUCAGUCUUCCUAUGCAAGAAACACAACUGUGUUCAACAGAGGCUUCCCUGCCCCUGGAGAAGGAGGAGCAGGUCCGACUUCAGGCUCGGAGACGGCUCGAAGAACAGCUCAAACAGUACAGGGUGAAGCGCCAACAGGAAAGAUGCAGUCAGCCUGCGGCCAGAGCACGACUGUCCAGCACGCUCGACCCGGAGCUCAUGCUGAACCCGGAGGCCCUGCCCCGUGCCAACCCGGUGGCUCUGACAAAGGAGUACUCCUUCCUGCGCACCAGUGUCCCCCGAGGGCCGAAGGUGGGCAGCCUGGGGCUCCUGGCGCAUCCCAAGGGGAAAAGAAGUUCCAAACCAAGCAAAAUCCGGUCUCUGGCCGAUUACAAAACUGAAGACUCCAGUGCCGGGAGCUGUGGUGGGAACGCUCCGGCUGCAGACGCUGCCGGGGGCGCCCUGAAGCAGAGCCGGAGCAGCGUGACAUCAGUAGUGUCCGAGGUCAGCCCGUGUCCUGAGGCCGAGGACCACCUGGAGAACGCGUCCCUGACGGGCGACAACACGUCCGAGGCUGACGGGAACGAGAGCGAUAGUUCCUCCCUCAGCAGCGUGUCUACCCGUGGGACGCGCGGGCUUCUGGUGGACCCCGUGGGCACUCGCGACGCUUCCUACGUGGUCAACGGCCAGGAGAUCGCCGCCGCUGCCCUGGGCCAGUUCCCCUCCAUCACGGAUGUCCUCCAGGCUGCGGCGGCCGAGCACCAGGACCAGGGACGGGAGGUCAAUGGGGAGACGCGCAGCCGGACAGACAGCAUCUGCAGCAGCGUGUCCCUGGAAAGCUCCGCUGCGGAGACCCACGACGCAGUGCUGCAGGCCCUGAAAGACAAGAUGAGACUCGAGGGUCAGCUGGAGGCGUUGUCUUUAGAGGCCAGUCAGGCACUUAAAGAGAAGGCGGAGCUCCAGGCGCAGCUGGCCGCCCUGAGCACGAGGCUGCAGGCGCAGGUGGAGCAGAGCCACAGCAGCCAGCAGAAGCAGGACUCGCUCAGUUCGGAGGUGGACACCUUGAAGCAGUCUUGCUGGGACCUGGAGCGAGCAAUGACUGACCUGCAGAACAUGCUGGAAGCCAAGAACGCCAGCCUGGCAUCGUCCAACAGCGACCUGCAGCUGGCCGAGGAGCAGUACCAGCGACUCGUGGCCAAGGUGGAAGAGAUGCAGAGGAGCAUCCUCAGCAAGGACAACACAGUGCACGACCUGCGACAGCAGAUGACGGGCCUGCAGAGCCAGCUACAGCAGGUGCAGCUGGAGCGGACCACGCUGAGCAGCAAGUUGAAGGCGUCCCAGGCCGAGAUCGCGUCUCUGCAGCACGUGCGGCAGUGGUACCAGCAGCAGCUCGCCCUGGCGCAGGAGGCCCGGGUCCGACUGCAGGGCGAGAUGGCCCACAUCCAGGUUGGACAGAUGACCCAGGCAGGCCUCCUGGAGCACCUGAAACUUGAGAACGUGUCCCUGUCCCACCAGCUGACGGAAACCCAGCACAGAUCCAUCAAGGAGAAGGAACGCAUUGCCAUUCAGCUCCAGGGCAUCGAGGCCGACAUGUUGGACCAGGAGGCUGCCUUUGCGCAGAUUCAAGAGGCCAAGACGAUGGUGGAGGAGGAUCUGCAGCGGAGGCUGGAGGAGUUCGAGGGCGAGAAGGAGCAGCUGCAGAAGGUGGCGGCCGCGGCCGCAUCCCUCGAGCAGCAGCUGGAGCAGAUGAAGCUGGCGCUACAGCAGCGAGACCAGCAGCUUGAGGCCCUGCGGCAGGAGCACCUCGACCUGCUAAAGCAGCUCACCUGUGCGCAGGAGGAGCUGCAGGCCCGGGAGCGCACCCUGGGUGACGUGCAGGUGCGCUACGACGAGCUGCAGGCCCGGCUGGAGGAGCUGCAGGAGGAGGCCGCCUCCAGGGACGACGCGAUCCGCUCCCUGCAGAACGAGAAGAUUGUCUUGGAGGUGGCCCUGCAGGCGGCCCGGAGCAGCGGGGAGGGGCUGGACAGGGGAGCGCAGCGCCUGGCAGAGGGCGCCGAGGAGACGUCACAGGUUCUGGAGCAGCUGAGACAGGAGUUGGCCGUCAAGUCCAGCCAGGUGGGGCACCUGCAGCAGGAAGCUGCCACUCUGAGAAAGCAGACGCAGAAAGUCAAAGAGCAGUUUCUUCAACAAAAGGUGAUGGUGGAGGCCUACCGGCGGGAUGCCACCUCCAAGGACCAGCUCAUUGGUGAGCUCAAGGCCACGAAGAAGAGGCUGGACUCAGAGCUGAAGGAACUGAGGCAAGAGUUAAUUAAAGUUCAAGGGGAGAAGAAGUCCGUGGAUGUGGAGCAUGUGCGCCUGCAGAAGGAAGUGUCCCAAGUCCGUCAGCAGAUGGCCGACCUCGAGGGGCAUCUGCAGGCGGUGCAGAGGGAGCGCGACGAGAUGGAGACGCACUUACAGUCUUUGCAGUUUGAUAAAGAGCAGAUGGUAGCUCUUACAGAGGCCAACGAGGUGCUCAAGAAGCAAAUUGAGGAGCUCCAGCAAGAAGCCACCAACUCCAGCACCUUCUCCCGGUACUCCUCCAACUCCUGGCUGGUCAGUGAGAUGAUCUCCUGGAGCUCCUUCUCCAGCAUCGUCUUGCUCCUCUCUGAGACUGGCGAGAAGGCCUUGCGCUCCGGUGCCAUCCUCACGGGGCCGUCAGCAGCCCGGUCCAGCUCCCGCCUCAAAGUACAGGCGGUCUUGCAGCGGAAGGAGGAGGAGGACCGCCAGACGAAGCAGCUCGUCCACGCCUUAGAAGCCGCGCUGGAGCAGGAGAAGGCCAAAGUGCACAGCCUCAAGGAACAGAAUGUGUUUGCCAUGUGCACAUGGGUGCAAGGGAUCCAAGAGGGGAAACACUCCCAGGAAAUAGGACUGUUCCAGGCGGAGCUGGCGGAGGCCCGGACCCAGCUCCAGCUCCUGCAGAAGCAGCUGGACGAGCAGCUGAACAGACAGCCUGCGGGAAACCAAGAGAUGGAAAAUCUCAAAUGGGAGGUGGAUCAGAAAGAAAGAGAAAUCCAGUCCUUGAAGCAGCAGCUGGACUUGACUGAACAGCAGAGUAAAAAGGAACUGGAUGGAAUACAGCACUUACUGCAGAAUAUCAAAGCUGAGUUGGAGACAGUGCGAGAAGAUCUGUCCCUGACCCAGAAAGAUAAAUUUAUGCUGCAAGCUAAAGUGUCAGAGCUGAAGAACAACAUGAAGACUCUGCUCCAGCAAAACCAGCAGCUCAGGCUGGACCUGCGGCGUGGCGCGGCCAAGACGAGAAAGGAACUGAAAGGCGAGGCCGGCUCUUCGGGUCCCGUGACGCCGGUGAAGAUCCCCGACUGUCCCGUCCCGGCCUCCCUGCUGGAGGAGCUGCUGAGGCCCCCGCCUGCCGUGAGCAAGGAGCCCCUCAAGAACCUCAACAGCUGUCUCCAGCAGCUGAAGCAGGAGAUGGACAGCCUUCAGCGCCAGAUGGAAGCGCACACCGUUACCGUGCACGAGUCGCUGUCCUCGUGGACUCAGGGGGACCCCUCUGCCAGCCCAGCUCCCCUGGGAGAUCACGCCAACCCCCGGGGAGACACGGAGCAACUCGGCCAGUGCAAGGUCUCCAGAGAGGAGCUUGGAACAGCAGCUGCCGAGCGUCCACAGUCCGAGUGCUUGUAA